CUGCUGUCCCGGAGUCAGUGCUGGAGCCUAAUAUAUGAUAGGGGAUGCACUCCAGGAGCUCCCAGCCGUGUAUUGUUCUCUCUGGAGCCUGAUCCACAGUAGCAGCAUGUCCCGGUGCUCUGGAUGGGAGGUCGCUCUCAACUUGCGCUAAGGCCAAUAUAUCGUUACACCGGAAAGAACAAGGAGGGAUAGGUAGAUAGAGGCAAAACUACUUGGACAGUAAACACGAGACAAUGCCGAUGAUAAAGAGACGGUUAAUGUGAGGGAGAGGACGCAUACCGACAGCCAAGAGAAACGGGUCUGCUCCUAAACUGGAGAUCAAUGGAAGCGAGGAUAACAUAUGGAUACGGCCGAUGUCUACGGGAUCGGGCUGUGGAUGUGUGAUGGCAAGUCGGACAUGCACGUUGUGCCGACUGAAACAGGUUGGUUUCGCCUCGAUCAAACUUCAGCAGAAUCAGACGUGGGACGAUUAGCGCGCAUUUAGGUGCCGAAGAUGAACUGAAUCACUGUCGCUUACAGCGGCGCGCCUGGAGAUGACAGCAGGUUCAUUAUGGGAAACCGCGCUCUAUCAUUCACUGGACUUUUACUGGAUUUAGAGGGUUAUACUAAUCGCUGCAUCUGGGUGAAGGUCAUCCACUAUUACUGAUCCGGAUAUCCUUCAGAUCUCAGUGUGUGUGUGUUGUGAGACCGCAGAUGGACGCCCUGUGUAAUGGAGCCAAGAAACCUGAGGGCAGUGAUCCCGUUGUAGACCCCCGACCGCCUCCUGCCAAGCUGGCUCGACUGGAACAAAACGGAGCGGGACCCUCGGCCCAGGAGAGGAGCUGUCAGGGGAGUCCUGUGGCUAAAAACCCCUGCCUGGCCCAGAAACCCACCGCAGUGAGACCACAGAGCAAGAGCUGGCACAGCAGAGGGAGCCUGCUGCCGGUGUUCUGUGUUGUGGAGCACAAGGAAACCCCCCAGGAGGGAGAGAAGAGAGAAGAACAUGCCGAGUUUGUGUUGGUCAAGAGAGAUCUGCUGUUUAAUCAGCUCAUAGAGAUGGCACUGUUGACACUGGGCUACUCACACAGCUCUGCCGCACAGGCCAAAGGUCUGAUCCAGGUGGGCAGGUGGAACCCAGUGCCUCUGUCCUGUGUGACAGACGCUCCUGAUGCCACCGUGGCUGAUAUGCUGCAGGAUGUUCACCACGUUAUCACCCUUAAAAUACAGCUGCACAGCUGUCCCAAACUGGAGGAAUUGCCACCCGAGCAGUGGAGUCACUCCACGGUGAGAAACGCUCUGAAGGAGCUCCUCAAGGACAUGAACCAGAGCUCCCUGGCCAAGGAGUGCCCCCUGUCCCAGAGCAUGAUAUCAUCUAUUGUAAAUAGCACUUACUAUGCAAAUGUCUCAGCUGCCAAGUGUCACGAGUUUGGUCGAUGGUACAAGCACUUCAAGAAGACCAAAUGCUUCAAGGAGAUUGACAACUUCUCUGACCAGUCCACACAUAUCACCCUCACCCAGCAGCCAAUCAAAAGUAGCCCGCCUGAUCAAAGCUCCACCCUUUUCUUCUCUCAUGGAGAAGUAGCCAACAUAUGUGGCCGUCCCCCGCUCGGCCUGCGCCCUCCCGGGUUGGUAACCCAGCCUCUCAGCUCUCAAAUGGUCAACCAGCAGCUGGUGAUGGCGCAGUUCCUCAACCAGCAAUACGCUGUUAGCCGCAUGCUAGCAGGCCAGGGUCUCUCACCGUCCCCGCAGCAGUAUCUCAACCACCCGCCUGUAGGGAGACCUCCUUCUGCCAAGGUCUUCUCGAAAGCUGCUGAUUCCCAAGGCCCGCAGCAGGCACUGUGUGGCCCAGGGGGAGGCCCUGUGGCCGGGCCGCAAACACAGACAUCGGCUGGGUCUUUUGUGGGGCCAACAGACGUGCCAAAUGACAUCUACCACUGUGUGAGGGAGGAACUGAAGAGAGCAGGCAUCUCCCAAGCCAUCUUUGCGCGGGUGGCCUUUAAUAGGACGCAGGGCCUGCUGUCGGAGAUUCUGCGGAAGGAGGAGGACCCUAAACAUGCCUCUCAGUCUCUGCUGGUCAACCUGCGGGCCAUGUACAGCUUCCUGCAGCUGCCCGAGGCCGAGAGGGAGCGCAUCUACCUGGAGGAGAAAGACAGAAGCCUGACUGGAUUCACCCCAAGCUGCAAUAACACGCCACCAAGAUCCACACAGGCACGACUGUCCCCAGUUACAGGAGACAGAGGGUUGAGGACGGACAGUUGUGUUCUCAACGUCAGCGCCUCUAUCUACGAGGAGAUACAGCACGAGAUGAAGAGAGCCAAGGUGUCGCAGGCUCUGUUUGCAAAGGUGGCCGCCUCCAAGAGUCAGGGCUGGCUGUGUGAGCUGCUGCGUUGGAAGGAGGAUCCCAACCCAGAGAACCGGACCCUGUGGGAGAAUCUGUGCAUGAUCCGCCGCUUCCUCAGCCUGUCCCAGACUGAGCGAGAUGCUAUCUACGAACAGGAAAGCUGCAACACGACGGCACAGCAGCACUGCGCUGACAGGCUGACACUGCUCGGCAAUGACAAUACACUGUACCAACGCAACUCUCCUCUGCCACAGCAACACCAUCUUCAACCCCAUCAACCCCUGCAGCCCGAGGCAGGACCUCAACUGUCUCCACGGCAACCGUGUGCUGCAUCACCGGCUGAGUCCGAGGCUGGGGGCAACUGGGGGCAUGUGAGAGUAUGUGUGCAGGGCCGGGGCAGUAGCAAUGGUGAGAGAGGGGACAGUAAGGACUGGGUUGAGGGGGGGCGAGGAGAGAGGAGCACUUUGGGAGGUGACUGGGGUUGCACUGGCAGGGUGAGGGAGAAUAGUACAGAAAGCAAGGAGCAGGUGAGGGAUGGAAAUAUGGGUGAGGAAGGGAUUAAUGAGAUCAUUGGAGAUGGCAAAGAGGAGAAGGAGAAGCUCACGAUGAAGUGGCCAGGCGUGAAGGAUGAGGAUCCAGGCAGGGCUGGGGUUUGUCCAGAGGCAGAUAAUGAGGUCCAAGGUGAGGGGUUAAGAGUGUCCCACGAAGCACUGGGAAUCUUGCAGAGCUUCAUUCAGGAUGUGGGCCUCAACCCAGACGAGGAGGCCAUCCACACCCUGUCGGCUCAGCUGGGCCUGCCCAAGCACACCAUCCGAAGAUUCUUCAACAGCCAGGACCACGACCGGCAUCAACACGAGAGCCAGAACCCAAAACAGAGCCGAGACGACCAGCACGGCCACACAAACCUCUCCCUGAAAGACAUAACUGCAGAGGCACGAGAGGAGGAAGGUGAUGGAAGGACUGAAACUGAGCAAAAGGAGGUGGAGGAGGAGAAGCAAACAGGGAGAAGUGUAGCGAGCGAGAUCACUGUUUUGAAAGAAUAGGAUGUUGGCACUCAAACUAUUAACGCUAUGAAAGAGGAGCAGGAGAGCUAAAUCGAACCCAAAUCCAUAUGAGCACUGACUCACAGCAUUUGGGUACUGGAGCGUAAUAAAUGUGUGUGUCCAGAAAUGCUGUGGAAAGACUAAACGCCGACUUAUUGUACAUGUUGAUACCACAGCUUAAAAGGAUGCUGGUGUUCAUACCCUGACAGUACACCUAAGCUUAGAGAGCCCUCCUGUGAGUUGAGCAUCCGUACUGCACUUGAGACAGAGAGUAACUGUGACUAUUACGUGCGGAUAACACAUUGUGUCUGUGUCGAUAUAUGUGUCUGGGUGAAUGGGACCCAAUACAAAGAGCCUCAGAUUACAUAUCACUGUUAAAAAAUGAGUUGUGAGAAAUGUCCAUGCCAGAAAUGCCUUGUAGAAAGUGGCACUGCCAAUCUGUUUUUUAAUGAUAUGUAUCUCCAUUGGUUUUGUUUUUCUAUGUUUUUUUUUUAAUAGUGCUUUGUGUUUUGGUUCAGAUUUCAUAACUCAAUCUCACUCCUAACUAGUCAUAUACAGACGCUUGGUCAAUAGCCCUGUCAAACUAUGACACUAGUCCGUUUCGGAUGUUUAUGUCACGUGCAUAGUGUCUUUUCAAAAAAUACUUACAGGUAAUGCACACUACUUUGUUAUAAAAAUAACUCAACUGACUCUUAGUUUCACACGGGUAACAAACAGCGGACUCCCAGGUGAAAGUUUGGAGUUUCUUUGACCGCCCUUUGCCAACUUUCUUACUCUUUGCUUGGAGCAUUAAAAAGCUGCCACUAGGUGCUUCUGACAUCGUUCCGCUGCUAAAGGCUGCCUCCGUGCGUCGGUAUCUGACUCUGAGGGCUGCUGACAAAGGGUCACCAUUUGACGAAUUGGGAGUGAGACCGGGUUACACUGCUAUAUCUUACAUUGCUCUCAUUCAGAUUUGUCACAAUGUAAUAAAUAUCAAGUGUCCUGAUUCUGUCUUAAAAGAAUUUAUAAAUGAUAUAUAGCAUUAAGAAUAACCCUUUCAUAAAUGACAGGGCAUCCUUUGCAUUUUUUUACAGCAGUAUGUAAUAAAUCAACACAUGAAUCAAUGGAUUAGUUACCAAACUGAUCAACGUGUGGGCAUUUAAGAUGCCUCUCCUGCAAAUGAGUCAAUUUUUUUUCCAGUUUAUUAACUUUUACAGUUUUGCUGAGAUCUAAUUUGCUCCUGACCACAUCAUAGUUUACAUUCAGUGUUUCUAUUAAUGCAUGAAUCUGUAAAUCUCUCUCCCAAAAUAGCUGUGUUAUUUUGGUGUGAGUGUUAUGUUUACACAUCUUGUGGUUGUCAUAUUGUACUGAUUUACAUACUGUAGCAGAGACACAAAAUGUGCACAAUGUUUAAUGUUCAUGAAAGGGAGAUUGUGGGCUAGAAAUAUAAGGCUGAGGCCGUGUAGCGUGUACAUGAAAUGUUGAAAUGUUGAAAUUAAAUGAUAGCGCUGUCAUUUGUAAAAACAAAAAAAAGAGUCAUUCAUAAUUGUACUAUAUGUUCAUUAUCUGUGGUAAGCAUCUGAUCUUAAAGCUGGAUUUUUCUUUUUAAUUUUACAAACAAUCUGAGGGAGAGUAAUAAAAAUGUGUGUUUUAUGAGAGUCCAGAAGCCUGGAUGAUAAAACUUUUCUUACCCAAACAGCAACACAUGAUGUUUCUCACCAGGAAACCCAGAUCUAAAACAUCAUGUGAGAGAAUCUGUGGAACCACACAGACAUAGUGGGGAAGGCAUCAUGAUUCUGACACAAAUAAAGAUGGUUGUUUUCCUCCUAAGCAGCAAAAUAUGAGCAGAUGACAGUUUGGACUUUGUCAGUAUUUAUUUGGGAUGUGUUCUCAGUGUAUAGAAUAGAAUUUGAGGACAGUGUGUGAGAUUUAUCGCGCCAGAAACAAGUAAAUAAGAGAUGAAACUCAUUUAUCAGACUGCUAUUUUUAGACGCGCAGAGGCCUGCUGUGAAAGACCCAUUAAAGAUUAAA